AUGGAGAAGGGAACCCAAGGGACCAUAGUUCUGAGAAAAAACGCAAAUGGAGAGUCAGAAGAAGAAGAAGAACAAGUGGCGGACUUGAGUGGUCAGGUGCACCUGCUCCCUUGCUCCAUCAAAUACUCUGGCCCUUCCUCCGUUUCCCACUACUUCAAAACCAAACCCACCGGAAUUGAGUCUGAGGGUUUAAAGACGCAGGAAGCUAAUUUCAGGGGAAGGAAGUUGCAAGGAGCCUCCAUUCCCAUCCCAAAUGGGUAUUCUGGAUUUGUUCUAGGGAAGAAGAGUCUUGGCAAGAGAAAAGCCAAUACUACUGAAGGGAACUCAAACUGUUGGGAGAUGAAUGCGAAAUAUAAAAGCAUCACAUAUUGGAAUCAUGACAGCCUCCCUUCACAGGAUGAUGCAUUCUUACGUUGUUUUCACUGGCUUUCUGUAGCAAAAUCUAUGCACGAACCAGCAACAGCGGAAGAUUUGGUUUCUGCAUCCGCUGCUUUGGAAAAGAUGAAGUGA